AUGUUCUUCCGCCUCCCCGACGUUUUGGAGCGCACCCUUUCUGAGAUGACCCAACUGCGGGAAGAUCUUCAGGGCGCUGACCGUCGCUUGAUGGCCGGGCGCCUGGAGCUGGUCUAUGGCUGGCUUCAUUCUAACGUGUCCGUCCGGGCGAUGCUGAGCCAGGCUGCUGCGAACUCCAAAAAGGACAGGGAGGCCGUCGCCCAAGCUAUGGCCACCCGCGAGGUGGCGCUGAAGGAUGCCGAGGCCGCCAAAGACCGCUGCCGGUCGUUGGAGGCCGAGCUGGAGACCGCGCGGAAGGAGCGCGCGAAAGAAGCCCGAGGCCGCAAGGCGGAGGAGGAGAAGAUGAAGGCCCGAGAGGACGCCAUCAGGGAUCGCGACGCCAAGCUGGAGCAGCUGGCGAAGGCGCAGGCCACGAAGCGCGGCCUGUUGGAGGAGCUGGAGCAGAACCUACAGGCGGAGAAGGCCGAGCUUGAAGCCAAAGCGAAGAUCCUGGCUGAGGACUGCGAGGCCUUCAAGCUCCUCGAGGUGAGGUCUCAGACGGCGCUCAAGUCACUCUACGAGAAGGGCUUGGAGGAGCCGCUGGCUGGCAGCAACGAUGGCCCCGCCCAGCUGCUUCCUUAUCUGGUUGAUGCGCUUGAGGACGUCCUGAGCGGUAUCGGCCCCAUGGCGGAGGGGAAGCCCGCGUUCUUUCCUGAGCCGCGCUGA